CUUAUCACUAAUUCGAACAACAGUUCUCUCUCUUUGAGGACAGUCUUUUUUCUUCAUCGAUUGGAUCUGGAACUGAACCUAAAUUGGGAGGAAUUUUGCUGGAAUUUCAAAGACCCUUAGCAUGGAGGAGGACCGGUGUUCGAUCAAGGAUGAUGCAACUCAAUUGAUAGGUAACACCCCAAUGGUAUAUCUGAACAACAUUGUGGAUGGUUGUGUAGCCCGUAUUGCAGCUAAGCUUGAAAUGAUGGAGCCUUGCUCUAGUGUCAAGGAGCGAAUUGCUUACGGUAUGAUUAAAGAUGCAGAAGACAAGGGAUUGAUUACCCCCGGGAAGAGCACAUUGAUUGAGGCUACUUCUGGUAACACCGGGAUUGGUUUAGCCUUCAUCGGGGCAGCUAAAGGUUACAAAGUGGUUCUCACAAUGCCUUCAACAAUGAGCCUUGAGAGAAAAAUCAUUCUUUUAGCAUUAGGUGCAGAGGUUCACCUCACAGAUCCUAGUAAAGGCGUUCAAGGAAUCAUCGACAAAGCUGAAGAGAUAUGUAGCAAAACUCCAGAUAGUAUCAUGCUAGAACAGUUCAAAAAUCCUUCAAACCCGGAAACUCAUUAUCGAACCACGGGUCCAGAGAUAUGGAGAGACUCUGCAGGGGAAGUAGAUAUAUUGGUUGCCGGUGUUGGGACUGGUGGAACGCUUUCCGGAUCAGGAAGAUUCCUCAAGGAGAAGAAUAAAGACUUUAAGGUUUACGGUGUGGAACCUACAGAAAGUGCGGUAAUCAGUGGAGGCAAACCGGGUACACAUUUGAUCCAAGGUAUUGGGGGUGGAAUCAUCCCAGAUAAUUUGGAUUUCAGCGUUCUUGAUGAAGUCAUUCAAGUGACAAGUGUGGAAGCAAUUGAAACAGCCAAACUUCUUGCCUUGAAAGAAGGAUUACUGGUGGGAAUAUCUUCCGGAGCUGCAGCCGCCGCUGCGAUAAAGGUGGCAAAGCGGCCAGAAAACGCCGGGAAACUCAUAGUUGUGAUUUUCCCCAGCGGCGGGGAACGGUACUUAUCGACUUCACUGUUCGAAUCGGUCAGACAUGAAGCAGAGAAUUUGCCAAUUCACUGAGGCUUUUACACUACCUGACUCGGUUUGGUUUGAUGAAAAAGUGCAGAGAUUUCGGUUUGACAUUUACACUUUCAAGAACUUUAAGAUUUCAGUUGAUGCCUGAUCCCCAAUCUCUAGCCUCUAAGGUGGACUGUCCUUUGACAUUCUAUUGCUUGUUUUGCUUGUUUUCUAUCUAAUAUAUGUAUAAGUCUCUG